AUGCCCAAUGACAGUAUCGUACCAUACCCUCGCAGCAGCGAGUUUUAUAUUCAACACAUAAUUCUUCUGGUUGACGGCGUUCUCUAUCAAAUGCCGCGUUACCUCUUUGAAAAACACUCUGAAAUAUUCGCUACUAUGUUCACUCUGCCUCAAGAGGGAACUAUGGUUGAAGGAUCCGACGACCAACACCCUAUUGAGCUUCAAGGCAUUUCUAAAGACGAUUUCGAACCUCUUUUAAAUGUCAUGCUGACAUAUGGAUUUGAGAGCCCUCCACUCAAGCAAAACGAAUGGUUUUCAGUCUUACGGUUGGCCAAUAUGUGGGGCAUGGCAAGAAUACGAAAGUCAGCACUAAGAAAACUCACCAAAUCCAUGCCGCUCGAUGCCGUUGAAAGAGUUGUUUACGGUAGGGAGUUGGCGGUAGCAGAAUGGGCGAUAUCUGGUCUUCGUGACUUGGUAGCCAGGCAGACUGCUAUUUCCAAGGAGGAAUCUACGCGACUUGGUGUGGACACCAUUUUCAAAUUAUCGAAUAUCCAGCUUAAAGCUGGUAUUUCAUCGUGGUCUAGCGCUCCCGGCAAGGGAGGCAAUAGUAAAAUCGACGUGGAAUUGAAUCAAUCGUUCGGCCCCGAGAUUACCGAUAUUCAUCACAGGGCAGUUGCGUUGGGAUACGAAGUUCCUUCUGCAGCACCAUCUUUCAUACAGUAA